AUGUUCACUCCACCUCUUUCCUUUGCUAGUGUGUAUGAUGGAGUAACUCAACUUUUUGAGGAGUUUUCCUUGGCUACCCAUACGAAAGACCAUAAGCCAUCACAUUCAACCUCAGGCCUCCCCGAGUUUCCCGGAGCCCCUCCUUGCUCAGCCGCUACAUUGGUGGCAGCUACUUCGCCCACGAACCCUUUCGUUGAUCCCCCCUUUCCCCACCCUAACCCCGUGGCCCCGCCCACCGACCGUCUAUACACAUCAGCGCCCAGCCCCCUGUUAGCCCCAGACGCCUACGAACCCGGACACAACAUUCGUGAUUGGCUGCGUGACUUAGAUCUUUUCUUGACUGACGUCCCUCCCCACCAACAUACUUGUUUCUUACUACGUUUCCUUUGCCCAUCCGCCAGGCGACGCGCCUUCGAUGCCGGCCUUACACCAGCUACUCCCUUCCCCGUCGCCUGCCGUUGCGUCGUGCAGCUGUUCGACACCCCUGACGCGCCUGGCAUCGCGGCAGAGCAAUUUGCCAAGUUACGCCAGGCCCCCGGCAAUCUGUUGACGACUUUGCGACUGAACUCACCCGACUUGCCUCCGCGGCUUUCCCCAAUUUACCACACCCCGAUCGGGACGACCUUAUCCUCUACCGUUUCAUUUCAGGCCUCUUCGAUCGCUCGAUCACCGACUCCUUUCUCCUCCACCCCCCGCGUACUUUGCACGACGCCUUGCGGCAGUGCCGUCUGUAUCUUAGAUAUCACCGAACCCACCAACCCCCUCCGAGACCCCCUUUACCCCCAGCCCGACCGGAGCCCCAAGCCCCAGAUAGACGGAGCACUUUGCCGGUCCGAUUCCCUGAUCACAACCCUGGCUGCCAGUACUGCGCGGCUUUCGAACCACGAGUUCGCCACUGCGGCCAUAACCCACCUUCUGAGUCCACCCCCAUUGACGCUAUUCACUUUCACGAUUUUUUUUCUGUCCCUGCUUUUACUGUGCCGGUACGUGUGGAUAGUCACCCCACUCGGACGUUAGUAGACACGGGCGCAAAUGUGUCGCUUGUCACCAUCCACAAGCUUCCCAAUGACCUACUGCGUCACAUGGACCCACUUCCGGCUCCCCGCUCCCUCCAUGCCGCCAACGGCACGGCGAUACCCGUAUCGGCCACUGUUUCGCUACAGCUUAUGAUCGAAGACGCGCGUAUCUCCCAUAGGUUUCCUGUUACCCCUGAUGGCCCCUGGCCUAUCGUUCUCGGUCUUGAUUUCCUAGAGGCUCAAGAUUGUGUAGUCCAUGUUCGCGAACGACAACUCACACUCGGCCGAAACACCACCGCACCCGCCUCUCCAGCCACUAUAGAAGACCUCGACAUCAUGUACAACUCAGUACUUUCCGCCGUAAUGCUAGAGCCACCCCCUUAGAUACCGUUCUUCCCGCCCCCUCCCUAGUCGGUCCGGUCGCGCACGAGCAGCUUAAGACCCUCCUGAACGCCUUCCCAGACCUUUUCGCCUGGUCCACCGACACCAUCGGGCGCACCCACUUGAUCCAGCAUACGAUCGACACGGGAGACGCCAAGCCCGUGUGGCAACCCCCACGCCGCAUCCCAUUGCACUACCGUGAAGAAGUCAACAAGCUGUUAGAUGAACUGCUGCAGGCUAAAAUAAUCCAGCCUUCGUCGUCCCCAUGGGCUUCUCCCAUAGCCCUCGUCCCCAAGAACGAUGGAUCCGUCCGGCUGUGUGUCGAUUAUCGUCGCCUUAACGCCGUGACAGUUCGUGAUUCCUUCCCGCUUCCGCGGUUAGACGACACCCUAGACGCCUUAGGAAAUGCUGCAUGGUUCUCAACACUAGACCUCAAAUCCGGUUAUUGGCAGGUUGAGAUACAUCCAGACGACCGCCAUAAAACCGCGUUCACGGUACCCCAAGGUCUGUAUGAGGUACAGACCCUUCCGUUUGGCCUGUGCAAUGCCGCCGCCACUUUCCAACGUCUUAUGUAUCGCGUCCUCCAACCCCUCAUACCGGACAAGUGUCUCGUCUACCUCGAUGACAUUAUAGUGUUUGGGAGGUCUAUCGACGAACACAACCACAAGUUGCGCGCGGUAUUGGAAGCCCUCCGCUCCGCUGGUCUGACCCUUAACCCCACGAAGUGCCUUUUUUUACGCCCAUACGAAAGACCAGAAGCCAUCACAUUCAACCUCAGGCCUCCCCGAGUUUCCCGGAGCCCCUCCUUGCUCGGCCGCUACAGAGGUGCGCGUAUGUAG